UCUGUUAUAUAUACCGAUCGCCCGAUUUCGUAGUUUAACAAACCCUAGCACGAGCCAGCCGGACGGACGGAGGAAUAUGGGGAUCGUGGAUGCGUUGAUUACAUCGGCCGGAGCAAUAGGCAAAGAACUAGGCCAAUCAAUAACGACAAACAUGGAAUUCAUCAGCGACAAGAACUGCGUCGAGCAGCACGUGGCCAACGGCGGGUGCAUCGAUGAGUUCAUCACGGCAGUAGACGAGUGCCACCCCAGGCAGAUCAAGACUCGGGAGGACCCCGCCGAGCGCGUCCUCGACGCCGAUGCGUGUGUCAAGGCGACGGCGGCGCUGCGUGAGUGCUUCGAGGGCAACCGCCUGUGGUUCGCGCAGCAGUACAUACGGCGCAUGGACGAGGGCCUCGAUGAGGACUGGAAGCCAUCGCCAGAGAAGGUUCAGGAGGAAGAGCUGAAAAGGUUCAGGUGGUGGACUGGCAUGAGGAGAAGCUAGAUCCGAGACCCGCUUCACCCUCCUCUCUCCUCCAACAACCGGAUGGCAAAUCAUCCCUUCUGUGAAGGUCCUUUCUCCAACAUACCUCGCUUGGAUGAGGGCCUCGACGAGGACCGGAAGCUAUCACCGAAGAAGGUGGAGGAGGAAGACCUGACCCGGUUCAGGUGAUGGAUUGGCAUGAGAAUAAGCUAGGUUGAUAGUUAUGCAUGGAUGGUGAUGUAGCUUUCCUUUUCUUUGAACAACCCAUCAUACAAGUCUGCAUGCCCUAUAUGUAAUCUUAAUGUUAUAGAACAGAUCAGUUAGUGGUGUUUGCGGAGUUUGUAUACUUGCUCUGAAUUCUCUAGAAGUUCUCUAUCCAUGGAUUUUUUUUUUAACCCCGCUAUGCAUGUAUUGUGAUCAGUGCUGAUUGGCGAUCAGCCCAUCAACUCAAUCUUGUACUUUUCCUUUUUUUUUAACAGUCCCAUCAUACA